CGUCAACUGUAACCCUUCCCACAUUGCCAGAAUUACAACUCCUAUUUUCAUUUUAGAUAUAUCUCUUUGAAUGAAUGUUAACAGUUAAAAAUGGGAAGGAAGAGGAAACUUGGGAAGGAUCCUGAACCCUAUCUUGUACAACAUGAACCUCUCUCAGUAGAACAACUGAGUAGAAUUUUUGAUAGUGAUGAUGAGGCUGUACCCAGAGCUGUAGUGUCUCAUGUAACAUCACCCAAAGCAGGACAAGUGUUCUUGGUUGAAUGUGCAGGUGCGCGUUUUGCUCGAUAUGAUGUACACCGUUGGACUUCCUACCACAAACAUGAUGGAUUGGGGGCUUUGUUUCCUGAUGGGAUGGAAGAUUCAUUUGGAGACAUGAUUGAAGUUCGUUACAACAAGAAACGUGGAAGUCACACCAAUCUUUGUGAUGGUGCUGUUAGAAUAGUUUAUAAAUUUAAAACUGAUGCUGCAUUUCAUGAUAUGAAAUGUCAUGAAAGAAAUAUAAGAGUAAGAUAUAAAGUUAAGUCAGAUGCAGGAUUUCAUGUUGUUCAGUAUAUGGAAAAAUUACCAAAUGAUCUUGAAGAAAAAAUUAAGCAAGAUCAGGAAAUGCAGAAUGCAAAGCUUAAGAAAGUAGAGGAAAUGAUAAAGAAAGAAAAAGAUGCAGAACUGGCAGAAAAGGAAGCUCAGGAGUCACAGAUAGCUGCUAGUAGCUUUGGCAGGCGAAGAAAACCAAAUAGUCGUUAUCUAGAUCUUUACAAAGUUGAAUUAUCAACAGAAAAACAUCAUAUCUCUGAUGAAGAAAAAUCUGAAAAUGAUUAUGAGGAAGAGGAUGAAAAUGAAGAGGAUUCUUAUGGAGAAUCAUUUGAUACUCCUGGAAUGAGUAGCACAAGAGGAUUUUUAAGAGGACGAAGAGGUAGACCUCCCAAGGGAAGAGGAAGGGGAUCUAGGCAUAGGAAUAAAAUUUGGAUGGCUGGGUAUGGCUUAGAGAAAACCAAACCAAAGAGUUCGUCUUUGUUCAGAAUGUGCGAUGAUGAUGAUGAGCAAGAUGAUGAUGAAAUCAUUGAAGGAAUCAACAUUGAAGUUGACUCUUAUGAAUUUGACAGAGAUAUUGAAAGACGAGAUGGGAAUAGUGAUAUUGAGAUGAAGUGCGAAGAAAAUGAGAACGAAGAUCUUUGGCAAUUAAUCAGUUAUUCAAUGGAUAUUCCUUCUCCAGUUACAACAUCAGAAUCUGUUUUGAGUGUUGCAGAAAUAACAGAUUUAAUUGAUAGGAUUCUGCAUGGCAAAUUAUGCAUUCAUACUUCUGCUGCUUUGUUGCCAAAAGUGGGAGACUUGUUUGUGCUAAAGGAUGAUAUUGGUGCGGAUGAUGGUGAGAUGUGGAUACCCAGUAGUAACUAUCCUCAAGGAACACACUUGUCAAUCACCUGGUAUGAAAGAACCAGAUCAGUUGAAAUUUGCCACAACCUUGAUGGUAAAGAUCCGGAUGUGAAAUUAAUCUACAAAGCAAAUCUGCAUCCUCAGUUCUGUUUAGUCCACUAUCUUUCUACUGGAUCAGCUGGUGUGGAACAACCGAUUGUCCUGUGUGAUAAGAGCAUCCCAAACUCUGAAAAUGACUUCCAUCUACAUUUAUCAGAUGAUUCUGUGGAGGAUUCAAUAUCUGAGAAUUAUGGAAAACAUGACGAUAUCCCAGGUUUUCAAAAUGAAUUCAUAAAACCAGAAAGUGGAGACAAAAUGCUUCCAGAAAGAAAAGGGAAAACUGGACGACCACGGAAUAGAGGAUUAAUGAUAGAUAAUGAAUAUGAGAAGAACAAAAUGGAUACUUAUGAAGAGGGACUUGAGAAAGGGAGGAAACAAGAUUAUGCUUGUGAUGAGCCUCGUCCAUUUAAAAUUUACACUCGAGGAAAGCUCUACCAUGCUGAUGCUGAGGAGAUUUUUCAAAGUGUACAGAAAAAGAAAACUGACAUUUACAAGAAUGAAGUGAAAAUGCCUCAGUAUGGAGACAUAUAUAUCCUUGAUAAAAACUUUGUUCCCUACAGUGACUCACUACCAUGGGUGAGAGAAUACUACUACAAGGUACAUUCAGUUCUUAUGGAACGGUUUACUCUUCGAGACUCUAAGGCUGUGUUCACCUACCCAUUACCUCCAGCCAGCAAGUCUGUCUUUACACUCUUUGAGAAUGAUCUUCCUCUCUGCAUUGUACAUUAUGAAAAGGGUCCUCAUGGAAGUGGAAAAACUGUUCAAAAGCUUGAAAAGUCUGAAGAAACAAAAGAUGGUGUUCGUCGAUUAGGGAUCUACACUGAAUCCAACUCCAACUUGACUCUUUCUCUAGUAGAUGCCAUGCUCUCUAACCCAGAUGAAAAGAGAAUAGCUUCUGCUCCUAUUUUGAAUCCACAGCCUUUUCAAGUAUAUUUACUAAGGUUACCUGCUGAAAAAAAUUCAAAAGUUAUAGACAACUACAGAUGGACAGAUAAGGGUUACAAACGCUGGCCUGUUGGAGUAAACAGUUCUGAAACAAAAUUACUGUGUUAUCACUGCCCCAUGAAAAUGUCUCGAAGUGCUAUGUGCACAGCUCUAAUGAGACAUGAAUUUAAGCACACAUCUGCAUCUCCUGAUUUACGGGUUGUCCAUUAUAUGCCUACAAGAGAAUUCAGGGAAUUCAUUGUCAUUGCAAAUGCUGCAAAACAGAUGCAAGUAACAACAGAAUUGUCAAGAGAGGGAUGGGAGAAUAUGGAACUUGAGAGUGAAGCUCCUCUUCAUGUCUCAUCGACACGUCUCAAACCUGUAAUGGUGUGGGACUUGCUCACCAGGGAUGCCAGUAAUGCAAACAUUACAGGUGCUGUGAGGAUGGAGAUUAUAACACCUCAGCCAGGAGGAGUCUAUCUCAGUACAAAGUAUGAUGCUCCUGACCUAUUACCAUGGGAUGAGUUAGGAAAGCUUCAAAUACAGCCAAGACUCUAUCAAAUUGUUGAGGUGUGUGAGAAAAUUAGUGAAGCACAACCAUACCUUAUAAGAAUGUGCUACACGUCUCCGAAGAUCCCACAUAGAGUGCUGGUCCACUACCUGGGAGACACAAGGCCAUAUCUAGUAAAAGAAUGUGAAAUUGUCAUCGAUGAUUAUACUGGAGAACCAUCUUAUAGGUCCAGAGGAAUGCCAAAAAAGAGCAAGAGACGAGUCUUCCUAUCAGCUGACAAUUCAUUAAUAGAAGAAAAAUUGUAUAAAAUUAGCACCAGUCAUAUGCGAGAGGUGGGAUGCAUGCCUCUAAAAUUGGAAGACCUUGACAUUGAGGUUAAAACUGAAGUCCUUCUACAGCAAGACAACCAAGAAGAUCUUAUUGCUCCAGAUAAGCUUGGACUCUACCUGUAUGGCCACAGAAUGAUGAAGAAAAGGAUUAUUCGUGUCAUGGAAAAUUUGGACAGAAGUCGGAAGACCCAACUGCCCAUAAAGACCCCUGAGGCCGGGGAGGCAUAUCUGGUGACAAAACCCUCCAAUACCAAGGCACCCAUUGACUCCUACAAAUGGACACAAAAAGGUUGGCAGCCCAUCCCAAGAAAAGACCCUGUGGUACUAUGGAAGUGGGGGCUCCUUAGACACAAGAAGCAGACCUGGGCUCCACCUCUUAUUAGAAUUGACUAUACCCACCUCAAAGUCAACACAGAUCUCAUGCUUGUGCAUUAUAUACCUACAAAGGAUAAUGAAAUGAUGCUUGAGAUUAGGAGUGCUGUUGUAACUGUGAGAACCCAGACACAUACUUUGUUGUCAAUGGGAGACGUAAACUUUGGACAGCACUCACAGCUUCUAACUAAUAGCCCCUUACCUCCUAGCCACAUAUGGGAAUUACUUAAUGCUGGAGGAGGACUUACAGUUCCUCUCUCAGAGCCACAGCCAGGGGGUGUUUAUGUAAUUAAUCUUUGUGCUAAAGAUAAACUUGAUCUGUUUCGCUGGAAAACCUUGGGAGAUAUCCGAUUAUCUUCAAAUGAUUAUGGACUGACAGAGACUACAUUUAAUAUUGAGUGGGAACCUCAAGGACAAUUUGCUCGCCUUACAUAUCAUACACCUCUCAUUAAAAACAGGACUGUAAUCCAUUAUCUUGGGGAUUGUAGGCCAUAUUUGGAGAGAGCAAAGGCAGAGGAAGAGGAACGACAAAGAAAGUUGGAUUUUCUCAGGAAAAAAACAGGGGACAACAUUGAAAUCAACUCAAUUGAAUCUCAUGAACCCCAACUUUCUUUACCAGAAAUGAUAUCUGGUUCUCGAGAUGCUGCAACUGAAGCAGUAGGCUCAAUACUGGCCGGUUUAGGAUCCAAUAUAAUGGACACAGAUACCCUGAACCAAACCUUUGCUGAAUUAGGUGGAGAGGUUGAGGGGCUAUGUGAAGGACGUUUAGGUUUUCUUUCAUCGCGACCUGAGGAUGAGCAUUUACGUGAUGCUAAUCUUCCUCCCAUUGAUGUUCCAUUUGGGUCAGUGUCUACCACCAGUAUUGUUAAAGAUCUUUUCCCUGAAGGACUACCCAAGAUAAGCUUUCAGAAGAUUCUGGAAGUGGAGCCUGGUGAAUAUGUUCCAAAGAAGAGGAGGCUAGAUAACUUAGUUGAAUUGCCUGACCCAAAAGCUGAGCCAAAAGAGGAAGACAGAAUGAUGAGGGGUUCCUAUCGUGCUGUUCCUAGAACCAUAGAAGACUGGAAUGAAGAAGAAGGAGAAAUUGAAGAUGGAGAGGAAGGAGAACAGUUUCGACGCACUCGUUUACAAAUCACCACUGUUGACCCUCGAACUAUUGUUUAUAUAAGGCAACAGGAGAAUCUGACUGAGAAGCAAAUAGAUCAUAUGCUUUGUAACCCAGAUGUAAGUCGCAUAUCCUUUCUACCUCUCCUUGAGCCUCAACCUGGAGAUGUGUAUGUUGUAGCAAUACCUUACAGAAAAGGAGAAGUGAGACGAAUGGACUGUUAUAACUGGUAUGUUACAGGACACAAGAAAGGUAAAUAUAGACGCACUUACAGCUAUAUACGGGAAGAAGACGGAAACACAAGUCAUCGAUUGCUUCGCUACACGUAUGAUUAUGCCUGGGAAAAUACACCAGGUCUAAGGGUGAUUCAUUAUAUUCCAGGUGACCCAAGGCAUCAAGUACAGUGUGUUGGAAAAAAACCAAACUAUGAGGAGGAGCCUGAGGGACAAGGUUGUGGGCCACUGUACAGAGCUUAUACAGCUGCCAUGACACAUAGAGAUGCACUACUUAUCAUUAAUGAUCCACCAAUGUAUCAUUUGUGUGAAAUUCCAAUCAACAAUCCAGAAGCUGGUGAAGUUUAUGUUGUGAAGGCCCCAUCACUGGCUCUUGGAAGAAGAGAGUUGAUGUAUGACAACCUAACAUGGAGUGAAGGACAAGUGAAGCAUGUUGGAGGUAAACGUCCAGUUGUGCGGAAAACAAAAUGUAUGUCUGUUGACCCAGAGGAUGGAACAAAAUCUGAUGCCUUCUUUCGGGUGACGUGGGAGAGGAUGGUGGAUUUAUCUGCUGUUGAUGUUGAGCUACCCACCACUAGGAAAAAACAGGCAUAUGUUAUCAUUCACUAUUUGGGAGAUGAAACACUGGCUGGUGAAAUGGUACGAAAAGGUAAAGAUGGAGCUCUGCAUCUACGUCAGAUCAGACAUUACAUGGAGACUGGAGCAUAUUUAUCCUCUGUACAUUUAAGUGAGAAGAAUGGUAUAAGAAAAUCAGCAAAGAAAUUUUUAAUUGAAGGUAAAACUAUGUAUUACAUUGGCAAGUCCGGUAAUGAGAAACGAGUGGUUUUAUAUACAAAUGAAGAAAAAAACAAGGUGUUCGAGGAAUGUCAUAUAAUAGCAAAAACUGGGGAACACUGUGGUCGUACCAAAACUUUACGCCGCCUAACUGAAAGAUACUAUUGGACCAGCAUGGUAGAAGACAUUGUGGCAAUGAUUGUUAGAUGCAAAACCUGUGAAUUCAAUAAACUGAAUAGACCAAAUCAGCGUUAUGUCCGAGUUACAGAACCUUGGGAGGUUGUGAGUAUUGACAUAAUUGGACAGUUUGCAACAUCUGAUCGUGGUAAUGUAUUUGUUGCUGUUAUUAUAGACAUGUUUACCAAGUACACUAUUGCUGUGCCUUUGAGAGACGCAACAGUUUCAGACUUAACCUCUGUUCUACAAACUGCUGUUUACCAACAAGGGCCUCCAAGAAAAUUUUUAUCUGACCAAAAUGAAGACUUCAUCAAAGAGCUGAACUCGAGGUUGGAGUUAGAUACAGGACUCGUAGGUAAUGUAGUAGCAGUAAACAAGACUCAGGUAAACCGUCCAGAUGAAGCAAGUAUCAAGACUGCAAUCCUCCGACAUUGUCAUGAAUCUGGCAAUAUUUGGGAUGAUUUACUUCAGAGAAAGGUAUAUGAAAUGAAUACAACUCACAUUACUGCUAGUGGUCAGACACCGUUUUAUCUCAUGUUUCAUCGGCAAGUGAGACCAAUGGACACUAACUUUUGUCUUCAGAUGAGUGGUAAUGGCAAGCCAACUUUUGUGGUGCGAGACAUUGAGAGAUAUAUGGAAGAAAGAGAGCAGAGAGCUAACGACAUAAUUAAUCAGGUCCUGAAUGGUCAGCCAAGUCAGUCCACUAUAAAGACAUCCCCUGAAGAUACAUCAAAUGAUUGCGUAGAAAACAUUCCUACUACAACAUUUAUUGAUGCUGUUCAAGACGGCAACCAUGAAUACCAGACAAGUGUACAGGUAGUGACUGAUGCCCCAGGUCCAGAUCAAGACCAUGCUCACUACACCCAUGUUGCUCAUCUUUCUGAUGGACAGGUGAUACAGGAUCCUGGGGGGUCAGUAUAUGAUAUGGGCGACGGAGAAGGCCACGUUGUAGUUGUAGCUGAUGGCAUGACCGGCUUAGAAGAAGGAGGAGAGGUUGCAGGUCAACACAUGGUAGUUGUACAGCCAGGGGUUGAUCAAGGGGUUAUAAUGCUCAGUGAAAGUCAAGUUAUAAUGGAAGCUGUCGAUGGCCAACAGUUCACAUAUAUGUCUCAAACCUAAAAAUAUAAGCUUUUCUAUUUACACCUCAUUAAGCUUUAACUGUUUUUUUCAACCCCUUUUCUACUUUAUAAUUUGUUGGUAUUUCUAGUUUCCUUCCCAUUUAUCUCAAUAAAGAAAAUGUAUUUUAUAUUGUUCUCUUCUGUAAUUUGCUGGGAGAGGAUCUUCAUCCAUCUUACUUUUUAUGAUGUACUCUGUAGUCCGCAGCAGGGGCGUACCCAAGAUUCUGGUAUGAGGGGUUUACCAGAUUGUCCGAAUAUAAAUAUAUCCAGGGUGAGCGCAACGAGCCCAUACAGCUAGGGGGGGGGGGGGUUUAGGGGGGCUGUAAGCCUCCCGAGAAAAAUUGGAAAUUUGGUAAAUUUCAGGGAUUUUUUGAGGUCAUAUGCGGCGGCUAUUAGGUUAUUUGAAAAGAUAAUCAUGGGGUAAUUUAGAGUGAGAGUAAACAUUCAAUGUCAUAACAGACACUCUGUUGAAUAUUAACAAUAUUAGAUUUUAAAAAUGUACAUUCGUGACAUUUAUAGGGUGUAGAAAUAUAAGCAGCUGGACUAGAGUUUUGGAUUCUAGAUGUUUAUCAAUAUUCAACACAAUAAAUGAUGAUUUAGGGUAGCACAAAAAAUAUAAAUAGUCGGUACGGUGAAUUAUAUUGACGUCUUGUCAUACAUCAUUUAUGAAAAAAAUUUCAAACCCCGUCUGACUUGCACAUAAUUAAUAGAUAUUUGUACUUACGUCGUGGGCAUUUCAAUGAAGAAGUGACAUUUACAUCGUCACACUGUAGCUUACGUUUCACUGGGAUGCUAGCAGUUGCACUAGAUUCAGUGUUGGUUGAUGAUGAUGUACCCAGAGUCUCCUUGGCGACGUCUCUGGUAGGGCUUGACGGCUUAGACUGUAUGCCAGUUGGGCGCAUAAAAUUGCGAAUAUCCAUCGUGGACUAGAAACAAAGCAAACACACUAUACACGCACGGGAAUAACACGAUAAUGUAGGAGUGUGCUUGUGUUGUUCAUAGCUGCAACAGGGGCUCGUGACUGACUCCUGGGUCAGAACUUGGUCAUUUAUAUGAAGACGCCAGUGGUCCUGACGGACAUGAUCCCAAAUUCCGUACACAAGUGUGUUUUAUAAUCAAGCCGCUUGUGUUUGACCGUAUUAAGGUUAAAUGUGACAGGUAAGGGAGGGAGAUGACGGCAGAUCAAAGACACUUCAGACGAGCAGCGUGGGCUUCGAGGGGGGUUUCCGGGCAACCAGGAAACCCCCAUGGAUACGCCCCUGAAAGUAUCUCUAUAAAGCUGUUACUGGUAAGAUCCUUAACCAUUAUAGUAUGUCCUGAAACAUUUGAAAAAAGUUCCCUCUAAAUUCUUGUUUUCAGUGGAUGGAAUUCAUUGUUUGUUACUCCCCUCUGUACACAUACACUUUGGUAAGUUACCAUCAGCAGUUAACUGAGUGUAAUAAGGCUCCACUAAAAUUAAGAAUAAUUUUAAACGGUCCUGCACAUGAAAAAAGACACGAUUAAUUUUUUUACUGAAACUAUAUCAUUAUGUGGCCACCCUCAGAUGGCAUGAUGUGAUAGUUCUUGGAAGAAAGAUAGUACAGUACAGUACAGUAAAGUAUCUCUCAAUGGAAAACUUCUGAAUGAAAUAACCUAUUUAAAGAAGGAUUUUAGUAUUUUAAAGUCCUGUUUUGCCAUUACCAAUGCUUGACCUGACGGGUCAUUGCAAUGUCCUAAAUUCCCACCACUAUGGUGCUGACACUACCGCUGACUGAAACUGGAUCAAAAGUCGAUGUUCAAGGAGUCUUGGCUCCUGCUGGGUGUGCUUUGUCCCUUUUGUUCUCUGUUAAGUCUAUUUUGUCUUCACAAUGCCCUCAGACAAACACAAAAGUGAAAAACUGGGUAAAAGAAAAGGUGGAAAUUCUGCCAUAACUGGAGCAAGAACAAUCAGUGAACAAAGUGCAUCACAAAAAUACUGGUUUCAGUGUAACGAGUCAGCAUGAGCAAAUAUUGAAAUUUUAUGCUGAUAACGAGUCAAGGAAUUCAUGGCUCGGAGAAAAAUUUGUAUUGAACCUUACCUAAGUGUGCCAGCCUGGUUCAAGCAACGAAGGAGAGGCCAUUUCUCGGAUUGUUGCUUUUUGAUGAAGUUAAAAGUUUCACGGAGAACUAAAAAAUUACUCGGCACUGUGCACUGUGGCUAACAUUAAAAGUUUAAAAGGUGGUAUGGCAUUCUGUGCCUUAAAGCCAACCAGCCACUCAUCUCAGUUGACCACUCCAGUCUUCUCAUGUGUUGCUAACCUCCACACUUCCAAACUUUCUCUUACAAUUUCACAUCUUUGUUGUAUAUAAUUAUUGUAUUAAAUUAAAGAACAUGGAA